AAAAGCCAUUAGCCUAUAGAUCUUUACCGGGACAACUCAAUGGACUCUCACUCGACGCAUCUGACCGCACCGAACCGCUCCCGCAGCUCUCAGUCGCAGUCACCGUCCCACUCGGCCUCAGCUUCGGCGACAUCAUCUCUCCACAAGCGCAGGUUGGCGGCGUCGGCAGUGGCAUCUGACGACCAUGCCCCUCCCUCCUCCUCAUUCCAUCCCUCGUCAUUCUCCGCCGACACGCGCGAUGGAGCCCUCACUUCCAAUGAUGACCUUGAAAGCAUCUCUGCUCGCGGGGCCGACUCGGACUCCGAUGCAGACGACUCAGAAGCGGAUGCAGUCGUGGACGACGACGACGAUGACUUUGAUAAUGACUCUUCCAUGCGCACUUUUACUGCCGCUCGCCUAGAAGCAAACAACGCUGCUGGUUCCACCGCCGUUACAGGCAGCGUUUCCGCCAGGAACACGAAGAUCAAGACGGAGAGUUCUACGAUAAAGAUCGAACCCUCUGAUGGCGCUAAGGACGGCGGGCCUACUGGGACGGGUGCUGUGGGGCCUGCUGGCACGGCAGGGAGCGCGGUAACAGGGAUGAUGGUGAAGGAAGACCCCACAAAGAUAUUCACAGAGAAUUUGCAGACAAGUGGAGCUUACAGCGCUAGAGAAGAGACUUUGAAGAGAGAGGAGGAAGCAGGAAAACUCAAGUUUGUAUGCUGUUCAAAUGAUGGCAUUGAUGAUCAUAUGGUUUGGUUGAUCGGAUUGAAGAAUAUAUUUGGGAAACAGCUACCUAACAUGCCAAAGGUGUAUAUUGUCCGUCUUCUGAUGGAUAGAAGCCAUAAGUCCGUUAUGGUUAUCAGACAUAAUCAGGUCGUUGGUGGCAUCACAUAUCGUCCAUAUAUCAGCCAAAAGUUUGGGGAAAUUGCUUUCUGUGCGAUUACAGCCGAUGAACAAGUCAAAGGUUAUGGCACCAGGCUGAUGAAUCACUUAAAACAACAUGCACGUGAUGUUGAUGGGCUAACACAUUUUUUGACAUAUGCUGACAAUAAUGCUGUUGGCUAUUUUAUUAAACAGGGUUUUACCAAGGAGAUUUAUCUUGAGAAAGAUCGAUGGCAUGGGUAUAUCAAGGACUAUGAUGGAGUUAUCCUGAUGGAGUAUAAGAUUGAUCCUAAGCUUCCGUAUACUGAUCUAUCAACUAUGAUUCGCUGUCAGAGGGAGGCAAUCGAUGAAAAGAUAAGAGAGCUCUCCAACUGUCACAUUGUUUACCCCGGAAUUGAUUUUCAGAAGGUUGAACUUGAUUAUAAUGAAGUACGUUGUUUGAUUCAGAAGGAAGCUGGCAUCCCUAAAAAAAUCAUCAAAGUUGGCGAUAUUAUGGGCUUGAAGGAGGCUGGGUGGACUCCAGAUCAAUAUGGUCACUUGCGGUUUAGGACUUUAAAUGCUUCUACAGAUAGUGGCACAAGUCUAAAACAUUUGACAGCAGUCAUGCGCUCACUUCUCAAGGCAAUGUUCGACCAUGCUGAUGCUUGGCCAUUCAAGGAACCAGUUGAUGCCAGAGAUGUCCCUGAUUAUUAUGACAUCAUCAAAGAUCCUGUGGAUUUGAAGACAAUGUCCAAAAGGGUAGAGUCAGAGCAGUAUUACAUAACAUUUGAGAUGUUUAUAGCAGAUGCGAAGAGAAUGUUUACUAACGCUCGCACUUAUAACUCACCUGAAACCAUAUAUUAUAAAUGUUCAACCAGGUUGGAAUCUCACUUCCAGAACAAAGUUCAGUCAGUAUUGCAGUCGGGUGCCAAACUUCAGCAGUAAUUAGAUCUACGGCUGCCAACCGUGAUCUCUCUUGCCUGUUAUUACGGAUUCUUAGGAUGUGAAGAAAAUAUUAUAGUAUUUUUUGAGAUAUUUAUAGCGUAUCAUCCCUUUAAUAGUUGAGGGCUAGCCAGUGUGGAUAGGCACAUAUGUUCAAGGUAUACAUCAUUGGUUAUGCGAUACAACACUCGACCAGAGCA